AUGGCGCUUCAUUUAGAUAUGGCCAUGCGCACAGUCACAGACCUGCGGAGUGGCAAGCGAUCCGAUAAAUCCGACAAAUCCGACAACGCCAAGCCACUACCGCUAAGCGGAUACUCGGCCCACGAGCCCAUCCACCGACCCAUACAGCUGGACAACUCAGACGAUAGUAGCAACGACGAAGACGAGUGCAGUGCCUGCCAUGAGGAGGGCGAGUUGUUCAGAUGUGGGGGGUGCCGUAAGCGCUUCCAUGAGAUGUGCGACCCAUUGCCACCUGAUGUAUCGAUGUCCCAGCUGCUUCGCCGGAAGAAACGACGAUGUGGCUAUUGUGAAGCGACCAAGCCACGCGAGCAGCCAGACAAAGACCUCAGCGACAGGGAUACUGUGCAUGAUCUCAUGGACGAUAGCGACGACGAGAGCUCAAAUGACGAUGACUUGGAUGGUAACCUCGAGGGAUUCAUAGUUACCAGCGACAGCGAGGUUAGUGACGGGGAGAGGGGUGAUUACAAUAAGGCUAGUGUCAAACCAGUUAGUGACUCGGAUGUGGGCGAGAGUGAUUUUGAUCCCGAAAGUGAUCACACUGUGGCUACUAACAACGAUGUCAGGGUUAAUGGGAGCAAACGCCGGAUUACACGUGGUUAUAGUAGUGGUAGCCAUGGCAACGGUGGUAUCAGUGUUGUGGAGAUACAGCACAGCGAUAUUGAUAGUGAUCAUAGUGUAGUCAAUUUACACAACACGCGCACCAAGAAGAUGCGCCAGAUUGAAAGCGAGCUAGAGAGCGAUGCCGAGAGUAUACCCUCCGAUGCUGAACUCGACAUGGUUGUGGUCGAUGAGGGCAAGAAUGGUAGCGACCGUGACGGGAAUGUAGCCAAUCAUGAUAGUGAUGAUGUUGUAGAUGAUGGUAACCAUAGCAACCUGAAUGUUGUUUCUAUAGCACACGAGGGUGACCAUAGCGACCAGAAUAGUAACCAUAGUGAUCAGGACAGUGAAAGUGAUGAUAACGAGAUUGAAAAGCAUGCUAUUGAGAACAUGUCGGACAGUGAGGCCCAGGACAGUGGCGAAGAUAGCGACGACCAGAUGAUGUAGAAGCAAUGCAGCGAAUGGGAAGGAAUGUUCAACUGGAAGUGAUUCAAAUAAACAACACUGUGGU